AUGACCUCUGCUUGGACCAAGACAGGCAAGAUCCCCGUCCACUGUAACGUGACCGGUGAGAUGAAAGAUCCUCGUGUUCAACUCAAAACCAGGACAGGCAAGAUCCCCGUCCACUGUAACGUGACCGGUGAGAUGAAAGAUCCCCGUGUUCAACUCAAAACUCACCUCUGCUUCCUGGAUGGAUUGAAAGACUCACCUCUGCUUCCUGGAUGGACCUAUAAAAGCCCUUUCCUCUCCUUGUCCACUAAUUCAUUCUUCUCCAUCCAUCUGUGCUGGUAUCUUCUUCUGGGAUUCCCCCAAAGCCAAAGAAAAUGUCUUACCAGCAGUCUCAGCAAUUCAAGCAGUCUUCAGCCUGCUCAUCCUCCUCCUACACCAAACCCUGUCAGCCUUCGGGAUGCUCCAAACCAGGCCCAGCGCCAGGAUGCUCUAACCCAUGCCCGUCUUCGGGAUGCUCCAAGCCAGGCCCUGCACCUGGAUGGUCCCACCCAGGCCCUGCACCAGGAUGGUCCAACCCAUGCCAAUCUUCGGGAUGCUCCAAGCCAGGCCCAGCAUCAGGAUGCGCCAAUCCAUGCCCACCUCCAGCACAUCAAGGAUCAGCUGGUAGUCCGUGCCAAGGAUCAUGGGGAAAUCCAUCCCAAUGCUCAUCCAACCAAGGCAGCAGACAUCAUCAGCACCACUACUAUCAUGGCACCCAACAACACAAGUCGUGCUAGCUUCCUUGGAAGAGUUGGCCACCAAGAGAUGAAAGCAUACCCAUGAAGGCUCACGAGGUCAAUCUCCCAACUUCAUGUUCUCUUGGUGUUGUCUCCUAGGUGUUCGCCUCAUGUUUAUAUUUUGCACUAUGUUAUUUUAAUACUUUCAGGCCGGGGUUGCAAAAUUACCGUAUUUUUCGGACCAUAAGAUGCACCUGACCAUAAGACGCACCUAGUUUUUAGAGGA